GAAAUCCUACAUCCAUGAAUUGGAACGAAAGAAAAACGCGGACUUCCCUGCUCGCUGCCAGGAUCCAAGGAUCCUACUGCACAGGGAGACAUUUCAUAGUUUUCUUGUGGAGAGUGAGGACAAGACUGAGGGCAUCUUUAUUGGUGCUAGAUUUUGUGCUUUCAACUAUUAAACAGAGGAGCUCUUCGGAGUAACAUAUCUGUGGAUUUCAUCAUGGUUAAGAUUAAACUAGUGAACUUUCUGAUUUGGAUUUCUUUCAUUUUUAAUGUGUCUCAUUCUGUAAGUACUAACUUUUCAAUGAGAGAAUGUUUGCUUUUUUCUGUUAAUUCUUAUCUGACAAAGUAUGUGGUAUUCAACAACUACACAUUCGUACUGAAUAUACAUGUGAUUUAUCUAUGCCUAGUUUAAUAACAUCUCUUAACAACCUGUCACCCAAUUAAGAACAACUUUAUUAAUUUAUUUGGACAGACCUCUUAAAGGACCUUUCUUCCUGAGCAGCAUUAGACACAAAUUACCCGCGGAUAUAGAACCUCUAUACUGUGUAUAUGCCUUUACCAGGGGAAAUAGAACCUCUAUACUGUGUAUAUACCUUUACCAGGGGAAAUAGAACCUCUAUACUGUGUAUAUACCUUUACCAGGGAAAAAAGAACCUCUAUACUGUGUAUAUACCUGCUGUGUGUUUGUAUGCGUGUGAGCCCAGGUCCCAGACGAGUGCCAGACGGAGACAGAAAGGCUCCGCAUUCAGCUGAAGAACCUGGAAAUUCGUUUUCAGAAGCAGCAACAGCAAAUCCAGCACUUUCGCACCCUUAGGGACAAGACAUCAACAAAUGUGGAUGAUUUUAUUGAGAUGCCUAGUCACACUGAAUAUACUGACUGUGCACAGAUCUUUAACAAUGGCAGUAAGGCAAGUGGAUUUUACAUGAUCAAGCCCAUUAGGGGGCCAUCCCAGAUAAAGGUGUACUGUGACAUGUCUGAGGGGGGUGGAUGGACAGUCCUCCAAAGACGCACAGAUGGCAAAGAGAAUUUUGAAAGGGGAUGGGAUGACUACAAGAAGGGUUUCGGGGACAUGGAAUCAGCAAAUGGGGAAUUCUGGUUGGGAAAUGACAAUCUACAUUAUUUGACUUCACAAGUUGAUUAUGACCUAAGAAUCAACAUGGAGGACUUUGAUGGGAUCCAGCGCUAUGCAGUCUAUGACAAAUUCAAAGUUUCAAGUGAGGAGGAAAAAUAUCAGUUGAACUUUGGGAAGUACAGAGGAAAUGCUGGGAACUCACUGGGAGGAAGCUACCAUCCUGAGGUGCAGUGGUGGGCCAGCCAUCAAGGCAUGAAAUUCAGCACCUUUGACAAUGACAACGAUCGCUAUGACCGCAACUGUGCCAAGGAAGACAAGUGUGGCUGGUGGUUUAACAGAUGUCACUCUGCCAACCUGAAUGGAGUGUACUAUCAGGGUCCAUACAGUGCUGUGACUGACAAUGGGAUAGUCUGGUACACAUGGCAUGGAUGGUGGUAUUCCUUGAAGGCUGUGGUCAUAAAGAUCCGACCUGCACAGUUUGAGCCAAAUGAGGUGUAGCAGGAGAUGUUUUACAAUCUUAUUAAGGGAGAUCCCAGAAUGUCUAAUUGAUUAACCGCAGCUAAAUAUUAUAACCAAACAAACACAAAUUAAGUGCUUUACUAUACCCCUAAUAAAGAUAUCAAGAUUCAA